UCCUUCCUCAUACGGAUUAGUUGAUCUGAGGUGGACAACAUGCCGACUGUCAGCGUGAAAAGGGAUCUUCUUUUCCAAGCCUUGGGGAGAUCAUACACUGAUGAGGAGUUUGAUGAACUCUGCUUUGAGUUCGGGCUGGAGCUCGACGAGAUUACGUCUGAGCGUGAGAUCCUGAGUCGUGAGCAGGGUGGUGACAAGGCGGGGGGAGCGUCAGACGUGGUGCUCUACAAGAUCGACGUCCCGGCCAACCGCUAUGACCUGCUGUGUCUAGAGGGACUAGUCAGGGGCCUGCAGGUCUUUAAACAGAGGAUUGAGGCUCCUCGCUAUCAGCGUGUGAAGGCUGCGGGUGGAGAAACCCAGAAGUUGAUCAUCACGAAAGAGACUGCGUCGGUGCGUCCCCAUGCUGUGGCUGCCGUGUUGAGGAACAUCAGCUUCACUCAGGAGAGAUACGACAGCUUCAUCGAACUCCAGGAGAAACUCCACCAGAACAUCUGCAGGAAGCGUACCCUGGUUGCCAUAGGAACUCAUGACCUGGACACCAUCAGUGGGCCAUUCACCUACACGGCCAAGGCCCCCGGCGACAUCCUCUUCACGCCACUCAACCAGACCAACCAAUACACCGCCACACAGCUCAUGGCCCUCUACAAGACAGACAGCCAUCUGAGACACUAUCUCCACAUCAUCGAGGAGGAACCCCUUUACCCAGUCAUUUACGACAGCAACGGAGUAGUACUCUCCAUGCCUCCCAUCAUCAAUGGUGACCAUUCCAAAAUCUCCCUCAACACAAAAAAUGUUUUCAUCGAGUGUACGGCCACAGAUGUCACAAAGGCAAAGAUUGUGCUGGACAUGAUGGUAACCAUGUUUAGUGAAUACUGUGCAGAGCCCUUCACUGUGGAGGAGGCUGAGGUCAUCUAUCCUGAUGGACGGAGCUGUGUGUACCCUGACUUGGCCUACAGGACAGAGACUCUUUCUGGAGAUUUUAUCAAUCGCAAAGUUGGCAUUAAGGAGUCUUCUGAGAACAUCGCUGCGCUGCUGACGCGCAUGUGCCUGAAGUCGGCGGUGAGCGGACGGGGCGAUGAAAUCACGGUGGAGAUCCCGCCCACCCGCUCUGAUGUCAUCCACGCCUGUGACAUCAUGGAGGACGCCGCCAUAGCCUACGGAUUCAACAACAUCCCCCGGACCACGCCCAAGACGUACACCGUGGCCAAUCAGCUCCCACUAAAUAAGCUGACAGAGCUGUUGAGGACGGACCUGGCGGCAGCUGGAUUCACUGAAGCUCUCACCUUCGCCCUGUGUUCUCAGGAGGACAUAGCAGAUAAGCUUGGGAAGAACAUUAAGGAUGUGAAUGCGGUCCACAUCUCCAACCCCAAGACUGCAGAUUUCCAGGUGGCACGUACCACUCUGUUGCCCGGGUUACUGAAGACUCUGGCUGCCAAUCGAAAGAUGCCCCUCCCCCUCAAACUCUUUGAGAUCUCAGACGUCGUACUCAAGGACAGCAGCAAAGAUGUCGGUGCGCGCAACAGCAGGCGUGUGUGCGCGGUGUUGUGUAAUAAGAGUCCCGGGUUCGAGGUGAUCCACGGCCUAUUGGAUCGCAUCAUGCAGCUGCUGGAAGUCCCGCCCACCCGUGACAAUGGAUACCACAUCCAGGCAGCAGAGGACUCCACCUUCUUCCCGGGUCGCUGUGCGGAGAUCUUUGCGCGCGGGCAGAGCGUCGGACGCCUCGGGGUCCUUCACCCGGAUGUGAUUGGCCGCUUCGACCUGACGCUGCCUUGCUCCGCCCUGGACCUGGACAUCGAGCCCUUCCUCUGAAACCAUGGCAACGGUCCCUUGGACACGCCCCCUAACACGCCCUCCCACCCACCGCGCUCAGGCUGUCAGCUCAUUGGCUCUGGGCAUCUGCCACUCAGGCAGCGGACGGCUCUGAUUUGGCUCUUGCUGUUUAAAACACCGCCAGGACCCUUUAAAGGCGGCUGUGGCAGAUGCCUGUGUGAACGGAGAAAACCUGUGUGCGCUUGUGUGUGUGUGUGUCUCCACAUACAUUUUUCUUACAGUCAUCUUGUAACAAAACAAUAAAGUCAACCUUUUCCUUAAA